GCGUGCCCCAUCAGGCCGUCACUCACCUCAAGUCCUAGCAAUGUUUCUCCCCCAUUCGUCCUAGCUCCCAUUUCUGGACACAAAAAAAUGCACAUCGCCGCCGCCAUCUCUAAUUUCGGCAAAACCAAGCACGAUUGGUCGCGGUUAGCACGGCAGCUUGGCAUUGGCAUGGAGCAGCAGGAGCCAUCGUCGCCGCCACUGCAAGGAGCAGGGUUGCACCUGUCCCUGGCCGUGACGCCGGCGGCCGGAGGACGCCGUGAUGAGCUGGACGAGGUGGCGGCGGCGCCGACGGCGUACAUCGCCGGGAAGCGGGUGCGGCUGUUCCCUUGCCUCUUCUGCAAGAAGAAGUUCCUCAAGUCGCAGGCGCUCGGCGGCCAGCAGAACGCGCACAAGAAGGACCGCGCCGCCGGCGGCUGGAACCCCUACGUCUACGGCCACCAUGAGGCCGCCGCCGCCGCGGCGCCGCCGGACGCGCUCGGCGGAGUUGCCGCCGCUGCCUUAUCCGCCGUCCCGAUCGCCUCGCACGGCGAGCCCCUCGCCGACGUAAAGCUCGAGGUGCCGGACGGCGGCUCGCCGCUAUUCGCGGACCACGUGCUGCUCCCGAGGGCAGCCGCCGCCGACCCCUCCGCCGGGGUGGGGAUGCUCAACUGGAGGAGGACCUCCCGCGUCUCUGCCCCACCGGAGAGCACCGCGCCGUCCAGCUCCGGCUAUGAGCUUGACCUCGAGCUGCGACUCUAGAUCGUUGACUACGCAUCACCAGUUAAAAAUCAAUCUUCCUGCUUGGCUACUACCCAUAUCUUGAUAUUAAUUAUCUCUGUACCUUUUCUUCAUUAUCCCGGAUUACUGAUGAAAGUUGAAGUACUGAUGACUGCUAGUACCAUGCAAAGUGCCGGCCGUCGUCAGGUGUUGUUGACAGGUGGUGCUUAUCUCAACACGUCGGAGUGUAUAUGUAUGGUUGUAAUUUUCCUAUGAAUGAAUGGAAGUUGGUUCCAAAAUUACUGAUGGAAGUUGAAGUACCGACGAUGACUGUUUGUAGUUAUUCCUGCUUCAGUGGAAGCUCAUAUUCUAUGUUGCUCAUAUUUCCUGUCCGAGAAAGGAAAACGUUUCAUAUA